AUGUCAGACGAUUAUAUAAACCACAGAAGGACCCCCGUAUACAAAGGGUUAAAGAUCUCAGUUAGUGGCACAGAAUCCAACUCCUUGUCCCCAGCAGACUCAGCAGCACGCCCCCCAGACACUACCACCCUCUGCCCCCAGCAGACUCCAGCAGACACCCCCAGCACCCCCCAGACACUACCACAACUCCCUCGUCCCCCAGCAGACUCCAGCAGACACCCCCAGCACCCCCAGACUACCACAACUCCUCGUCCCCAGCAGACUCCAGCAGACACCCCCCAGCACCCCCCAGACCUCCCUCGUCCCCAGCAGACUCCAGCAGCCCCCAGCACCCCCAGACACUACCACAACCCUCGUCCCCCAACAGACCCCAGCAGACACCCCCAGCACCCCCCAGACACUACCACAACGCCCCUGUCCCUCCAGCAGACCCCAGCAGACACCCCAGCACUCCCAGACACUACCACAACCCUUGUCCCCCAGCAGAUAGGAGGGAUGCAGUACAGUGUUGGAUAUUGUUUUAUGGCCACUGUAUACAUUGUGACUCUCCCUCUCACUACUAUUAUGUCUCCACCCCCAGAUAUACCCCCCAGAGAGGCCUCCACCCCAGAUAUACCCCCCAGAGAGGCCUCCACCCCCAGAUAUACCCCCAGAGAGGCCUCCACCCCCAGAUAUAGCCCCCAGAGAGGCCUCCACCCCCAGAUAUACCCCCAGAGAGGCCUCCCACCCCAGAUAUACCCCAGAGAGGCUCUUACCACUCUAACCAGUUCAUGUGGUUCAAAGUUUACAGAGCUCACAAUCCACACAGAAGUUUUACGGCAGAGCUCACAAUCCACACAGCAAAGUUUACGGCAGAGCUCACAAUCCACACAGCAAAGUUUAAGCAGAGCUCACAAUCCACACAGCAAAGCACGGCAGAGCUCACAAUCCACACAGCAAAGUUUACGGCAGAGCUCACAAUCCACACAGCAAAGUUUACGGCAGAGCUCACAAUCCACACAGCAAAGUUUACGGCAGAGCUCAGAAUGUGAACGAUGA